UGGUGUGACCAUGUUAAGAAUCCUGAACAAUGCAACACAACCACGCAAUGUGAGAGAGAAGAGACUUGCUAUGUGUUGGAAACUCUUUCAUACAGUGGAGAACAUUCUUAUAACGUGGGAUGUAUGCAUCAGAAGGUCUGCAGUCAGUUCCAUACCCAAGCUAGUCAUGUCUUUGGUAAGAGAGCAGAUCCGGUCGAACUGUCUCUAGAUGGCGACUGUUGUUCAGGUGACCUCUGUAACCAUCACGCCCUGACCCAUGUGACUGCUACUACUACUGCCGCUCCUACAGACAUGUGUGCCUACACAGCUGCUAAUCACCACUGUCCUACAAACUUCCAUCUCGUAGAUGGUAAAUGUUACAUGAUUGGAAGUACUGCUCUAAAUUACGAUGAUGCUAUGAAUUUUUGCAAGACGCACUGUUCCAAACUGGCCGAAAACCUAUCACGCGGAGAUUACAUAGCACUUGAACAUUUUGUAAGUGGAAGGAGUCACCUAUUCAUUGGAGCUCGUGAUCCACGAAAGAAUGGCGAAUUCGUCUGGAACACCAGUGGCAGACAUGCAGGUACCUUAAACUAUUUUGGAGCCAUAUUAGGAGUACACAAUCCCAAACCAUGUGCAAGUUACUCUCCAGUCCGCCCAGGUCUCCAUGCUGAAGAUUGUACUGAUUCUCUAAGGCCCCUGUGUCAGGCGUCUAUGAAAUAA